UUAACAUUGUACUCUUUUUUACUUUCCUCUGUUCUUUUCUUUUUCUUGUUUUCAACAUUCUUGGAGAAGGUUUAAUUUGUAGCAAAAGGCCAUGGCUAAACUUGUUGCUGCCUUCUUCUUGGCUCUCAUUGCCAUCUCUAUGCUUCAAACUAUGGUCAUGGCAUCAAAUGGAAAUGGAGGUCAACACUAUGAUCAAAACCAUUAUGGUCCGGGAAGCCUCAAGAGCUACCAAUGCCCAUCACAGUGCACGAGGAGGUGCAGCAAGACCCAAUACCAUAAGCCCUGCAUGUUCUUCUGUCAGAAAUGCUGCAAAAAAUGCCUGUGUGUGCCCCCAGGUUAUUACGGAAACAAAGCUGUGUGCCCUUGCUACAACAACUGGAAGACCAAGGAAGGAGGACCCAAGUGCCCUUAAACUUAGAAGAAUCUUUUCCCCAUUUUCCUUCCUUUACAUAUCCCUAUUUCCAACAUAAAAACCAAGUUCCUAAAUCAUAAUUAAACUAACUAUAUUUAUAUUGUUACCCUAUUUAUGUGUUUUGGAAAUGUGCUGGGUUUUGUACCACUUUUUCACUUCAUGGAGGUACCCACCCCUGUAAAUGAGAGUGGCUAAUACUUGUUUUUAUUUAUUAAUGAAGGUUUUAUUUAACUAAUCUAAGAUAUAUAUCUUUUCGUUCUUUCUUUGAAGUAAAUUUGAAGAGUGGAUUACUUUUGAGUUUUAGUGUAAAGCAAAUCAAUCAAAUAUCUUAAAUCUGGCUCAGCAUUUAUUCAUUUACUGAGGUACAACACAAAAAAAUGCCAGUCAUGGUCACUGAGGCAAAGUAUGUGAAAAAAAAACUGUCAAACACAUGCCAACAGACCCGAGAUUGGUGGGGGUAACUAGUGUUGCAGGCUUUCCAUGCUGGAUAGCUUUGCAGUUUUUGAACGAAGACCAAACAAAAAUGAAAAAAAUCUUACAGCUUUGGAUAGACAGAAAGCAAAAGGUUUCUGAACUCUCUGUCUUACUUUUGCCCUGAAUUGAAGUCUAGAUUUAUUCAUAGGCUUGGAAUAUGGAACAUGGUGCCAUCAUUCAGAUAUGUUUGCCUCUUGGAGCAUGCCAUUGAGUAGUAAUUGUGGGUUAAAUUGGGUUGGCUGAGAAAUUAAACUGAACUUAUGAAUUUGGGCAAAUUUUUAGUAGUAUUUUUGAAUUUGUCCAUUGUUUUUUUAUUUUUUUUUUAUAGAAAAGAUUCAAACCUUCUCUUCUAGCAUGGAAUACGCAUUAGUCAUUGUAUCAAAGAAUGCUCGUACAAAGCUUUAAACAU